UCGAAUUAGGGGAAGUUGAAUUACAGAGAGUCUACUAUGGCUACAAAUAAUAAUUAUUUCAGAUAAACUAAUAAAAAUAUGUCUUUUCAAAGUUCUCAAGAAACACAGAAAAAUAAGAUGACAAAGGAUGAAAUCAGUAGAAAAGUUGCUGAUAUGGUUAGAUAUAUUCUUUUUGCUGAUCGAAAGAAAGUUGGCAUAAAAAGACCAGAUCUUGUUAAACACGUUAUGAAGGAGCAUUCUAGAUCGUAUGCAAAGAUUUUUGAAGAAGCAUCAAAACAGAUUAACGAGAUAUUUGGAUUUGAUAUUGUUCCAAUGCAAAGUGAUGACGGGAAACAAAAAGGAUACACUCUCGUCAACAAAUUGCAUAAUCAUUCCACCUUCAUUUGUCAGUAUACUGGAGUAACUGAUGAGAAAUCAAACAUGGGCUUAUUGAUGAUAAUGCUCAGCAUGAUUUUUAUGAAUGAGUACACUCUGAAUGAUGUAUCAUUGUGGCAUACUUUAAAAAAGUUUGGCAUCCACAAAGACAAAUCACAUAGAUAUUUUGGUGAUGUUGAUAAAUUAAUACAGGAUUUUGUGAAGAAAAGUUAUUUGGAGAAAACAAAAAUACAAGGACCGGAGGGACCUACCUACCAAUAUCACUUUGGAGCUCGGACGAAAAAAGAAAUAAGCAUACGACAAAUACUUGAAUUUGUUACAGAGAUUUAUGGUGCAGAUUCAAUCGAGUCCUGGAAAAUACAAUAUCGAGAAGUAUUGGAAUCUGAGCGUGAUGCGAAUGUUGAAAUGAGCCAGAACGACUAAAAUCACACAAAAAAUAUUUAUUUUUAUGUAAACUUGCUUAAUAUGUUCAAUAACUAUUUUUUUAUUUUGUCGUAACAUCCACUUUUAUUUUUAAUUUGUUUGAAAAUAGCGUCAAACUUCUUCGGGCUAACAAGCAUGGUGUGCACCUCGUAAAGGGUUGACAUUUUUAAAGUUAUGAAACCUUUUUAAAAUUGAGAAAAUUUAUACGUGUUGAUCAGGCCUAAGGUAAGAAAGAGCCUUUUUGGCCUUAUUUCACAGGCUAAUGUGAGUGUUCGUUUCUCUUCUUUGACUUUUUCUUGCAGAUGAUAUCUUUAGGUUUCGCAUUGUAAUACUUAGAUAAUAAUAUUUAAUAAAUAAUAUUAUAAAAUGAAAAUACCACUAUAGUA